GCCAACGUGAGAAAGCGUUGUUUCUUGAACAUACGCGACUCUCGGCCCUCUCGACAUUUCUUCGUCAAUCGACCUACAUCCACCGAUACUUACCUCAAACGAGUAACUAAUAAAGUGGCUCUACAUAGUUGCGGCUCUUCGGUCUAUGCCCCCCUCACUGCCUGCCAAAUCUCUUUUCAUUUAUUCCACUUGGUCAUUGGCCAUGCAUUACCUACCCUUAUAUUUUCUUUGUUUCAUCCCACUGAAUGUCCUUCCUUUCUCAGUCUUGGCCGCAGCUUCUGGGCAAGGUCCACCCUUGCCGCCCACUCACACCAGCUUGUCAACUUUCAAAUGGUCUCUUGCCAACGCCAACCGCUCAAUCGUCGUGCCUACCCCCUUCUUAAAUCAGCCACACCUUGCACUCAUUGAGGCUGGCCUGAUCGAUGAUCCGAAUAUUGGAUUGAAUGAAGGCACAACCCGGUGGGUUGGUGAAGAAGAAGCCUGGACUUGGGAGACCCAAUUUAAGGUCGAUACUGAUGGUGCAUGGGCAAAGGUGGAGCGCUUUUAUCUUGUAUUCAAUGGUCUUGAUACCUUCUGCGACAUCCAUGUAAAUGGGCACCGAAUUGGCUCCACAGACAACGCGUUUCGAAGCUGGGUAUUUGAUGCCACUCAAGUCAUCAAAUCUUCCCUGAACCAAACGAUCCCACUGUCUCUCAGGUUUGCUUCUGCCUACUCCACUGCCUCGAAAUUGGCCCAUGAGCCAGGUAAUAUGUGGUUUCCAAACAAAUCAGCAGACAAAAAAAGAACCACCACCCUGCAACCCUUUGAGUACAGCUACCGCAAUUGGGCACGUAAGCAGCAAUCGGAUUUUGGAUGGGAUUGGGGGCCUGCAUACCUGCCCUCUGGCCCGGUACAACCAGCCUAUUUGAUCGGUCUUUCUGCGCCGGCCCAAUCGAACCUUGGCCUCGUCAAACAGACCAAGGCUGAUCCACGCCGAGCAAAGGUAAAAGCGCCCACGGCUAAAAAACAAAAGAAUUCGUCUCUACCGGUCGACAAGAAACUUGAAAAGGCCGCCAAUGCACCCAAUCAAGCACCUUCUCUCUGGGUUCAUAGGACCGUAAUCGACAUCUAUCGACAAGAUCAACGCAAUAAUUUGUUACCGGAUCAAAGCGCGCCCUGGGUAAUUAACAUCACCCUCCCCAUCACCUCCCCAAAAUCCAUUAAUGCCACUUUAUCGGGCGUUCUUUCGGGCACGUCAAUCAAACUACCAGCUACUCAACUCAGUACACUCAAGACUCCUCAGUAUAGAGACUACGGCCCGGAUUAUUCACUCACAGUCGAAUACGUUGUCGAUCCCGAAGAAAUUGAGCUUUGGUACCCUGCUACCUUGGGAAACCCCAAGUUGUAUGAUCUCGAAUUGACGCUGAAACUUGAAGGCCAACGUGCAAGCUCGAGCAUAGAUGAAGGGCUGACUUGGAAGGAGAAAGUCGGGUUUCGAACUAUCGUCGUUGAUCAGAGUCGAUAUACCCAGGAAGAGGUUUCUCGUGGAGUUCAGCCUGGUACCCGCUUUACUUUCAUCGUCAAUGGCAAGCCCUUCUAUGUCCAAGGUUCCAGUAUGAUCCCGAUCGACAAUUUUGCCGCUCGUACCAAUUCUACCACCAUUCGCUGGCUAAUCGAAUCUGCCCUGUUGGCCCAUCAGAACGUCAUCAGGAUUUGGGGUGGUGGUGCCUAUCAGACCGAUGAGUUUUACGACAUUUGUGAUGAGCUCGGUAUCCUGGCUUGGUCGGAAAGUGUCUUUGCCUGUGGCGCUUAUCCUCUGUCCCCUGAAUCCUUUCUGGAUAACAUCCGCGCAGAAGUCUCUGAGAAUGUCGCAAGGUUGAAUCGUCAUCCUAGCACCGCCCUAUGGGCCGGUAAUAAUGAGGGAGAAGGAUACUUAAUCGACGUCAAUAAGACCUGGGCAAAUGGUUCAAUCUACUUCAACCAGUAUGAUCAUCUCAACAAUCACGUCUUGCGAGACCUUGUCUUGGAUAACACACGUUCAAUAUCAUACAUUCCCUCGUCAACCACUCAAGGUUAUUUCACGCUUGAUCCAUACGUCUCCCGCUACUAUAACUCCACGCCCGGAGAGCUUUAUGGCGACAAGGAGCACUACAACUACAAUACCUCCGCCAGUUUUGACAUCACAUCUUAUCCAGUCGCCCGUUUUGUUAACGAGUUUGGCUUUCAUUCGAUGCCCUCUAUUUAUACCUGGGAUCGUAUCCUUGAAUCCCCUGAAGACUACGAUUUCAAUUCUACUGUAAUCCGGGCUCAUGAAAAACACAACCCUGCAGAAUCUCUUGUAUAUCCAUGGCCAGCGGAUGACGGUCAGAUGCAGCUUACCACUGGAGUGACGAGACACUAUCCUACCCCAAACAUCACCGACUAUCACACACUUUUGGCUCAGUGGUCUUACUCUACUCAGGUCUUCCAGGCCGCUUUCAUGGCUUCAGAAAUUCAUUACUACCGGUUAGGAGCCAGCCGCGGCGAAAACAACAUGGGUGCACUCUACUGGCAGCUGAAUGACGUGUGGGAGGGUCAAAGUUGGUCGUCGAUCGAAUAUACCGGAAGAUGGAAGAUCUUCCAUUACCUCGCCGAACGCGUCCAAUCCCAUGUCAUCAUUUCGCCCAUAUUUCAUCAGACAAAUAAUACCUUGGACAUUUAUGUUACCUCUGACCUUUGGCAAGCAGUCGAAGGUACCGCGGAAUGGACCUGGUACGAUUUUGCGGGUCGACAAUUGUCGAAAACGACGAAGAAAUUCUCAGUCGGAUCACUCAACUCGACUCACCUAUAUCAUUCUGCGGGUCUCUCGACGAUCGUCCCCAAUGGUCACCCUCCAAAUGACGCUUGGAUGCAUCUCACCAUGACCACUAGCGAUGGCAAAUACACCAACGAACAAUUCUUCCACCCCGUCGCCCUAAGAGAUUGUAAGUUGCGCGCCACUAAGGUCCAGAGUCGGCCGAUCGGCCAUAAUCAGGUCUCAGUAGAAGUCGCAAGUGGCGGUGUUGCUGCUUGGGUCAAUGUUGAGCACCCUCCAGGCGCGCGAGGUUACUUCAAAGACAUGACGACAAAACUGCCUUCAAAUGACUUCUUUCUCAGGCCGGAUGAGAAAAGACAGCUGGAAUUUGUCUUGCGAGAUCAAGAUCAUGACGAUGCGGCUCAGAAUCUAGAGUCCAAGAUGGUUGUUCGUACUUUAUGGGACAACCAACAUCCCACUAAAUAAUCGACCUUGUAUUCUUAGACUUCGUUUACAGCUUGAAAUAUUUUAAUUGAUCUAUGUGGCCUCCCUCCUAUUAGUAUCAUUGGUUAUGGAGGGAAGGUUUCAUCCUUAUGAGUCUCCAUUUGUUUAUUUUGCAAUAAUACAUCCUCUAGGUGGACAGAAGUUCGUUUUUGGUUAGAUGGCAAGGGCUAUAAGAAGAAACACACACUCUUGGAUUCCAUCCAAAUUUCAUUAUUA